UGUUUUAUUCACUAGAUUCUUAAUAAGUGAACAAUGAUUAUAUAAUGAUUUUGUUGAUGUCCCUUUCAUCGGCUCCUGUGAAAUAUUAUUCAGUGCGGGGUUGCUUUGUUUACAAAUGGUGGACGGCGUUACUCCGUCAGAGUUUCACGUGUGCUUACAAGCAAAAACUUGUUUUCAUUCUUGACUUCAAAAGUCUGGAAGAAACCGAUUUAAAGAUGACGGACGGCUUUGGUACUAUAACUUGGUGGGGAUUUAGCCCAGCACUUGAUCUCCAGGACACCGACUUAAUAUCAGCUCUGAAGGAGCUCAGACUGGAUAGUGAUGAUGGACCAGAAGAGUUGCGGAUCCUCCUGGUGGGGGCCGGAGAUAUGAGACAUCUACUCACUACCAUUGCUAGGUCUUACCGCCACAGGAAGAGGAAACUCCAUUUUUAUAUCAUUGAAAAUAACCUGGAAUUGUAUGCCAGAGACAUGCUGUUUAUGACAAUUGCAUUGGAAACACAAAAAAGAAUGGGCUUACAAGAGAAGACUGAAUUGUUUCUUGAACUUUUUGGGAAUAUUCUUGUGAGAAAACAAACCUCUGAAUAUUUGGAGAAGAUGUCAACAGAGUUUAUUAAAAUGGUUACUGAUUUUGAUUACUUGGAAAAAAAACUUCCCAUCUUUGAUUUGUCACAGCUCAAGUACAAAGAGCGGGAUUUCCUGGAGAGUAUCUUCAAAUUUUGGAGACAUCCAGAUACUAAAUUCUUUGAUGCUGAGAAAGUCUGGGACCUGAGACUUCGUCAGUUAAUGGGAAACAGAUACGACAACAGACUCAACAUAUUUGACUGGGAUCUCAAUAUGAAGCUUGUUUAUAGAGAUGCCGACAUCAUCAACUCCCAUGAGUACAGGAAGUGGAGAAGUCAGGGAAUCGCGUUUGAAGUACGAGAGGGGAGCUAUGACAUCCCGAACAGAACACUGGCUUCUGGAAUGGUAUUCAAACAUGAUGGAGAACGGCACCACAGACGGGGAUACUGGGGAGACCUCCUCGUCAGUCCCUAUGUCGCCCUUGGUAUCGAGUGUGAGGACAAAUCUGCCUUCAAGAAAUCCAACAACAUCUACCAGCAUACAUCCCAACACAUUGCUGAGUACAACGUACUGUCAAUGUUUCACGAGAUCACAACACAAACAAAGUAUGAGAAACCACAACCAAAGGAGGACAAGCCUGACAACAAAGAUUCUAAAACAGCUGGGCCAACCAUUACAGAGGUCACAGAGGAAACAGAGGAGGAUCUGAAAAAGGAAGAAGAGACAACGAAGACAGCAGAAGAAACUUUGAAAAAGCUAGAGGAGGAAGCUGAUGCUGAUGCUGAGGAACAGGCAAGGAAACAGCAAGGCGUCCCACAGGUGUCGACACUGGACCAGGAAUACGAAUCCCUGACCGUGGAUGGUGUAAAGGUAACCUUCCUCCCAAUCAGCAGUCUAACCGAUCUCACGAAGAAGAGCAAGUACAAGAAUCUAUUUCAUGUCAUCUACUUUGCAAACAGUUUGGUGCACCUUUUAAAGGAGAACAUCUCACCUAUAUUUGCUGACCAAGCCACAUUGAUUCUGGAAUCGGCAAAGUACAUGUUGGAACUGAAACUGGAACAGGUGGCAGAGUUUGGGAAAACAGUUACAACAAUGGCCACAGACUUAGGCUGUGAGCCUGUGGGUGCUGGAGACUUUGAGAAAGCAAAAUUCUUUAAAUUUUCCUACAACAAAAAAUCCAGUUGAGAUUUCUGAGAAUGUGUAAAUUUCUAAGACUGCCAUGCCUUGUACAGAAUAUAAAGACUUGUGCAAUAGUCGUUCAUUAACAGACACGAAGGCAAAUUUUGAUGAGUGUGAACAUGCUUGUCAAUACACUGAUCUGUGGGAGAUUCAUGAGCUCAUCAAGUCGGAUUGGACAGGAGAGGAAUUUGUAUGGAAACAAAUCUGUAAUCAAUGUGACAACAGAAGUUGAUUAUACUCAGACAGAUCAUUCCAGUGAUGUGACUGUUUUGCAAGCUUCACGUUGAUUUUGUGUGAUAAAGAAAUAUACACCUUAUGUAUGUCACACUGAAAAAACUGUCAAUGAUCAAGUGAAGGUUUGAUGUUGUACUGCUGAAAAUAUUGAUCUGUGAUUUUGUAUGAACAUCUUAUAUUUAUUUUAAUACAAAAUCAGUCAAUAAAUGUUUGCUCAUCAACAGAUAGACUAUGAUUGUUUAGGAUGUGAUUCAGUCGGAUAUUUACGAUUUGAAAACAUUGAUAUAAACACAUUGUGUUCAGCUUGAACUAUUUGUUUAUUAUUGAUUAUAAUGUUAGUAAUCAGUAUAAUUCAUUUACCAUUGUUCAUGUCGGCUAUAGAUAGAUACUGGUUUACUGGUUACUGCUAAGUUUCAUCUCCUUGAUAAUAGCCAUUGUUCUGUCAGUGUUAGUUUGACAGGAAAUAUUCUAUGCUAAAAAGAAAAUCUAAAAUUAUACAAAUGGAGAAACUCAUAUCUAUAUACUGGUCCUGUGCUAUCCUAGGAGAUUCAAUCUGCGGGUCAUAUCUAUAUACUGGACCUGUGAUAUCCUAGGAGAUUCAAUCUGCGGGUCAUAUCUAUAUACUGGACCUGUGAUAUCCUAGGAGAUUCAAUCUGUCUGUCAUAUCUAUAUACUGGACCUGUGAUAUCCUAGGAGAUUCAAUCUGUCUGUCAUAUCUAUAUACUGGACCUGUGAUAUCCUAGGAGAUUCAAUCUGUAGGUCAUAUCUAUAUACUGGUACCUGUGAUAUCCUAGUUUUGCAAUUACAAACAACAACUAGAUUUGAUCAAAAUCAAAACACAGGAUUUCCAUCCAGAAAAUGAUCGUUGACAUAUUAUCGUUCUGACGGUCGCUUUAAUAUAUGUUUUACCUACACUUUCCCUACGUUUUCCCUAUGUUUUCUCAUUCGCUUUCAUUCUCUAACCGGUCAUUUGAUUUUGAACCUUGACCGUAACCUUGAGCUUUCAUGUUCAAGGUCAUCGACUUUCAUGCCUUUGUUGCUAGCCAUCAAGUCUGUAUGUGUCAGAGUGUUGGAAGAAAAGCGUUCAAAGUGCAAUUCAAUGGUAAUUUUGAAUUUUGGUGGGAAAACGUUUUUCACAAGUGACGUUUCUGCCUUUUUUUUGAUGAUUUGACACUAAAACGUUCCAAACAUCUUCAAAAGAGCAUUUCUUCGAUAUAUGAUCAAAAUUUACCGUUUUUAAGAGAAUUUGAGAUUUUCGAUUUUUAUCAUUUGACCCCUGUGAAAAGCAAUAGACUUCUAGGCUCCUGUACAUGCUAUCACUGUGCCACAUAUCAAAUAUGUAUAUGUAAAGUUAUAGAAGUAAAGGAAAUUAAGUGUAUUUUUGGGAGAAAUUUGAACUUUGGCGGGAAAACGAAAAUUUUUCAAAGUGCCAUUUCUCUGUCAUUUUUCAACGCACGACCAUAAAACUGGAACAUUUUGUCUCAGUGAAUCAUGCACGUUGCCAUGCAAUUGCGAUAUUAAUUCAUUUUGAAUUCUUAAAUUUUGACCUUGAUUUGAUCUCGUUCUUGGACCUUGACCUUGACAUAUUUUAUGAUAACAUGUUACAGAGAAAAGUUAGCAUCGACUAUGAACUACAAGAUGCAUUAAUUGUGCAAGGAAAAAAAAGAAUGAACAAAGAA